GCCACAUCUCUGGAUCCAAUAAGAGAAUUUCACAGCGUCAGACGCGUCUGCGGGCGGCAGAGACCAGCGGAGGGACUCGGAAACUUGUGCGGCGCGGGAGACGGUCUCUCUCUCUCUUUUGGAAUCGGCGCUGCCACGGCAGAGAGAGACAGAGUCAUGUUGAACUCCCUCGUACUGAUGCUCAGCUGGACGGUGAUCUCCGAAGUGGCGAGAGCCCAGAAUGACACGGAGCCUAUCGUCCUGGAGGGGAAAUGUCUCGUGGUCUGCGACUCCAACCCGACCACGGACUGGAAGGGUUCGUCCUCCCCGCUCGGCAUCUCAGUGCGCGCCGCCAACUCCAAGGUGGCUUUCUCUGCAGUCCGGAGCAACAACCACGAACCGUCGGAGAUGAGCAACAAAACGAGAAUAAUCUACUUCGACCAGGUUCUUGUGAAUAUAGGAAACUACUUCACAUUUGAAUCAGUAUUUUUGUCCCCAAGAAAAGGCAUCUACAGUUUUAACUUCCAUGUCAUUAAAGUGUACCAGAGCCAAACCAUACAGGUGAACUUAAUGUUGAAUGGGAAACCAGUCAUCUCUGCCUUUGCGGGUGACAAAGAUGUAACUCGUGAGGCGGCCACCAAUGGAGUUCUGCUCUAUCUAGAAAAAGAGGACAAAGUCUACUUAAAGCUGGAAAAGGGAAACCUAGUUGGUGGAUGGCAAUACUCAACAUUUUCUGGCUUUCUUGUGUUCCCUCUGUAAAAAAAGUAAAAAAAAAAAAAAAAAAAAAA